AUGGAAAUUUUUCAAGAUGUGGGAAACAAAAUUGAACCACGACGACUUCCUCCUACUAAGUUCAAAUCAUAUAUUUACCCUUUUGGUGUAAAUGAAAACUUAACAACUCCAACAUUGACUAUUAAAUCUAUAAGAAAACUUAUGGAUUAUGAACAUAAAUUGGUUAAUUAUGAAGAAAAUUCACCAUAUGAAGUAGAAAUAGGAGAGGAAAUUGAGUAUGGAAAUGGCGUUUCUCAUUUAAUUUGGUUUUACGCUAACGCAGACUAUGAAGAUAAAAGACCUGCUACGUGGAUCCCAAAUACUCCUGUAGUAUAUUACUUCCUUAGCAAUUUAGAAAAAAAAAUUAAAAUACCUUUACUAAAUAAAGUGUUGGUAAAUGAUCACGAAACUUAUUCAGUAAAAGGUACUAAAGACGUUUUGCAAACUAUCAAAAAUGAAAAAUCUAAUCCAGACUCGGUGGGAAAAGCACAAAGAAUCGAAAAUGAUUCAUCCUCUCAUGCUACCUCUCAUGCUACC